AAACAAUAAACAUUACAACAAAAAUUCCGAGGUGCGUAUGUUCUGCUGAAAGGCUUGAAUUAUACCACCCCUUAAAGAUUCUUACUGCAAGAUGAUGCAGCCUUUGAAGUCCAUGCCACUACCACAUAGGUAACUGCUCUUUAGAAUUGGUCUCGAUUUAGGUACUUUGCCACUUUGGGAAUACGUCUCAUUGGGGCUGAUCCUCGACACUACCCAUAAUUGCUCGAUUGGGGAGUAGCUCGCUUAUGGCCCUUACCUAAAGAAGUAACUGUCCUCAUUGGGGAGAAAGCUACUCCGUACUACAAGUCCUGGAGGUGCAGUCUAUCUUCAUAGCGGCAUCGGGAUACUGGUGCUCUCGGCACAGGGGUGUACCUAGAUUUAUGCAGGUUGGCCAAAUCUGUUGAAAUUCACUGCAGGAACCUCCCCACCCCUUGCCUCAUCUUUGAAACCCCUGCACGGGACUUGGCCACUUCCUUUUACCUCUGAGGGGACCGUGCCUAUGAGUCUUGGUUUUAUAGAUGCACUCUAGAAUACUCAAGACCCAGUGCAUUCACAAUCCUACCAUCCCACGCACAGCACGCCGAAAUUCACAUCUCCUAUCUCGUGGCACUUUUCUCUGGCUAGAGUCACUGAUACGCUGCCAUGGCCCAGGAGUAUUUGGCCAUUCAGCUCAAUGCAAAGGUGCACGAAAGGGACGUGGAGCUCGACCAAAAUAUCGUCGCCGAACUACCCUCGGGUGCCGUUAUCAAGAGCAGUCGCGGGCAUGGCUCAAGCAAUUGGAAUGAGACAGUACGCGUGGAUAUCGAGGUGGAUGGAGAGGCAAAGUCUUAUUUUCUGAAGUUGACUGAGGGCGAGAGAGGAAAACCUAUGCUCCAUGGGGAAUUCGAGUCGAUGCGCAUGAUCAGCGAUUUGAUUCCGGACUUCUGCCCCAGACCUCUGGCCUGGGGGCAGUGCACCGACCCAAACAUGACAUAUCUGCUAUUCCCCUUCCACAAGCUCGAGAAAGGCCCCCCGGACACAGGCCGCCUGAGCCAGGUCGUCGCGGAGCUUCACAGUCGAAGCAUCGAGCACAACCAGACCGGCAGGUGGGGCUUUCACAUGACCACGUACAACGGCCCGCUCGCCCAGGACAACACCUGGACUGACACGUGGGAGGAAUGCUGGAUCAGGGGAAUGAAGAGGCUGUUCGCGUACGAGAGGGAUUCUCGGGGCCCGAGUGAGGAACUCGAGCAACUGAUGAAGCCCUACUUUCAGAAAGUCUGCCCGAGGCUGCUUCGCCCACUGGAGACCAACGGCCGACGCAUAAAGCCAGUAUUGAUCCAUGGAGACCUAUGGGUCGGGAACACUGCGGUUCAGACCGGGACUGGUGAUCCCUUCUUGUUUGACUCUUCAGCCUUCUGGGGGCACAACGAAUAUGAGCUCAGCUACAUGUAUCCUAGUGGAUCCGACUGGGGUAAAGAGUAUAUGGAAGCUUACCACCGAAUCAUACCAAAGUCGGAGCCGCAGGAAGAUUGGGAUGCUCGGAUUGCGCUUUACGCCACCCGUGUUGUCGUCGUGGACUCUGCGAUCUAUCCCGAACAUGAACAUUUCAGGAGGGUAUUGAUUGAAGAAAUCAGAAAAUUAGUAGAAAGAUUCCCUGAGGGUUGUGUUGAAGACGAGUAGGGGCUAGGACGGCCUGGGUGUUUUGACCAUCGGGGUGAGGUUGUGCUUGAGGAUUGCGGCUUAAAAAGCAAUCGACUUUUCAGGCCCGACCUUACCUAGGUACCUCGGGUCGACCAAAGUACCUUCAAUUCGCAGUGCGAAAUCAUUGCGAUGGAUAUGGAAACAGAUAGAGUGGUUGAGUGAUGAUGUUGACACCCAUGGAAUAUCAGAGAUGACAGGCUGGGCGCUUUGCCCGCAUUUUGCGUUGAAUCUUAUUCUCCCUACAAGCCUUAUCUCGACUCAGACCUCCUACAUGUGUAAAGCCUGUCUAAAAGAGAAGAC